UUAACUCAACCCUACGCUCUUUAUUCCCAAAUUGUAGCCCUUCCAUUCCAGGUUCAAUCACUCGAGAUCUGUAAUUUUUUUUUCAAUUUUAAGUACGAAUAUCCAAUUCCGAUGGGUUUUUUUUAUAAUUAUUUUGUCUUUUGCAAUUUCUCUUUCCUGUUAUGAGUAAAUUCUCAGUUAAAAUAUUAAUUUUCAUCUCAAUUAUGUUGGAUGCUUUUCAUGUUAGUUAAAAGUAGCCUGAUUUGUUGAUGAUAGAUAAUUCCAUUUCUGAUGGAUGCUCAUGAUUGUUUUUUUCUGGGUUUUCGUUUAUUUUAUGAGGACCGAUUAAAAAAAAUCAUGUUCAAUUAUUUAAUGCUGAACAAUUUCAUAAUCCCUAUGAUGAUUUCUUAUUUUAUUCUAAAAAAGUUGAUAGGCCUGAUUUCUAUUUGAAGAAUAUAUCAUUUUGAGGGAUAUAACAAUUUAAAUUUUUUUUAUAGUGAUAUUUUGUAAGUUAUUUGUGUUUUCUUGCUUAGAUUAAAUGCUUUUGGUAUUGUUGUUUUUGUGUUUUCCUUAGAAUGUUAACCCUACACUAACUUGCAUCCCAAUGAUGAUAUGGAUUGUUAAAAGUAGUGCCUGAUCUAUAUAUUAUCAUUUGAUGAUAAAUACAUACUGAGGGAUGCAUAGUUUUUUUUUCCCCCUCUAUGUAGUUUAGCUUUUAUUAUUGUGCUAUCAAUUCAGUAUCUAACUGGUUUUCUUACUAUUUUGAAUCUCAAUGAUGAUGAUAUGCAUUGUUAAAAGUAGUGACUGAUCGAUCGAUGAUCAGUUGAUGAUAAGUACAUACAUAGAGGGAUGCAAAAUUUUGCUUGAACUUGGUGGUGUUGUUCAUUAAUGAACACUUUUUUUGUUAGCAGUAAUUAGAGAUUUAUGUAUAUUAAUAUUGUGGCAUCAACUGAUUUUGGAAUGGCAAGGGGUCUGAUUUCCUUGUUAGCACUGAGGAUUGGCAGUGUUUUGGUGUUGCUGGCUGUUAUCCUACACUAAUUUGCAUCCCGAUGAUGAUGUAUAUCGAUUGUUAAAAGUAGUGUCUGAUAUAUUUACAAUCGUUGGAUGAUAGAUAAAUACAUACUGAGGGAUGCAUUCUUCUCUUUUUUACUUGUAAUGAGUAUUUGGUUAUCAAGACUAGCAUUAUUAACGAAAUUAAUAUCUAAGUUCAAUCCCAAGGCAGUUUAUUCCAAGUGAUUUGGCAAUCUCAAGGUCUCGAAUGAUACAACCAGGCCUUGCUGCUCCCGGAUUCUAAAUAAAAUAAAAUCAUAUAUUCUAUUCAAUUAUAUAUUAAUAUUCUAAAUAAAAUGACAAAACAUUCAAAAUACAAGUAAAACUAACUAAAUAUUAAAUCUAAGUUAAAGGCAUGUAAAAAUAUAAAUUAAUAGAAGCAUAUGAAAUUCAAUAAUUAAGUUAAAGAAAGAAAGGGAUUGGACUGAAUUGUAAUUGGAUUUGGUGGAUUGGAUUGGAUUUGAAAUCAGUACCUAAUAGUUACUAAAACCAUUUUACUAUUAUAGUACAAGCUCUUUUAUCUGAUUUUUUGUGGAUUUUCAUUUAAAUACCAAUCAUUAAAAUUGUUGAUGCAUGGAUCAAACAAGGCGAAACUUAAGUUACUCGCUUGAUGUUAGAGGCAAUAUGAAUACCUGGUAAAGCUUCUUUCUCUUACUUUAAAUCUAACGGCUUAGAUUAAAAGGGUCACAUCACAUGCGGAUUGCAUGGAAAAGAUUGCACACCCUAAAAAGGAGACGUUAUUACCAGAAUACCCUUAAAAAAUAACUGGCUUGCAGAACAACAGAAGAAGGCGUGAUUUGGUUUAUGAUCAUCGAACGCAGCAUUCUCCUUCAUUUUUUCUUGAUGAGCAAGCAGAGAAAACAAGACUUGCUUGUCUACUGAUAGUGAUAAUGAUAGUGAUACCAUUUUUUUCUUUUCAAAAAAGUGAGUCGGUAUCUAGUGUGAAGCAUUGGAUGCAAUGGUGGAACCAACAGGUAAUGAAAUUGAAAAUGAAACCAUUAUUGAAGAAAGGGAAGAACUUAUGGUUUCACCUUUUGCUAAUGGAAAACCAUGUUUAAGAGCAGCCCAUUUUCUUAAACCAACUUUAUCUUCCAUUCAUGAACCAAUCCCAGACCUUUUUCCACUUUCCCCUUCUUGUCUACACUACAUUUUCUGCCCUGAACAGUGGCCUUUAAAGGUCAGCUUCACUGGUUGGAGCAACCCCAAAAAGGCUUGGGUUUUUUGGAUUGAUAUCCUGCGUCCCGUGUACCAACCUAUCUGGGAGAAGGCUGGUAUCUUUGAAGCAAUAAUGAGCUCAACUUACUCGACCAAAAGAUAUUAUAAUUUGGUUAUCGGUUUAGCAGAGAAAUGGAACCCUGGAACCAACACUUUCAUCUUCCCUUGGGGUGAAACAACAAUCUCUUUAGAAGAUGUGUUGAUUUUGGGAGGCUACUCUGUUGUAGGCUUCCCUGUUACAUUCUCUGGUGAUAGCCAAGAACUCAGGGAAGCUCAAGAUAAACUGGUUACAGAACACAAGAACAUCAGAGGGGAUACAUGGAGAAAGAUCUUUCUAACAGAGUGGAUGGAUUAUUUUAUAGGAAGCGGGAGAGAUAUUGAGCAUGAAGCAUUUCUUUCAUGGUGGUUGACAAGGUUUGUUUUCCAAGAUUCUGUUGGAUUCAUUUGUAAAAGAGUGUUUCCAAUUGCUUGUCUUUUAGCUAGGGGCCAAGUUGUGGCACUAGGACCUGCGGUUUUGGCUAGCAUUUACAGGGACUUGACUUUAUUGAAAGAAACCAUUGCUGAUUCAACUAAAUAUAGGAGUACUGAAUUUGAUGAUUGUGUGUCAAAAGUUACACUUUGUUCACCAAUGAAGUUGGUUCAACUUUGGGCAUGGGAAAGGUUCCCAGCAUUGCAGCCAAAUCCUAAUGUGAUCCAAGAGUUUGACCCCAGAUCAGCUAGAUGGAACAGUGUGAAAUUUGUGAAAGUUGAAAAUGUGAGGAUGGUUUUGGAUUCAGCAGGCGACACUUUUGGUUGGAGGCCUUAUGCUAAAAUUGUUAAUAACAGGCAGUGUCUUGAAUUUUACGAGAAAGAAGAGUGGGUAUCAAUUGAUAGAAAUUUGAUUAAAGAAUUAGUAUCGUUUGCUCUAUGUUUGAGGCCUUCGGAGUUGGUUGGAUUAGGACCAGGAUGCAUACAACAGUACCUGCCGCAUCGAGUAGCAAUGCAGUUUGGAAUUGAUCAAGAUGUACCAUCUCAUGUUGCUCGGUCCAAUAAGUCUCCGGAAAUCGCUUGGAACAAUUACCUGAGGCCAAUUAAUGGUGGAAAAUUGUAUAUCCCAUCUCGUUUCUUCAGGUCUGACGUGACUGUCCGAUACUUAGAAUGGUGGAAGAUGGUGUCAAUGCUGGUUCAACAAGAUGUGAUAAAGGGUAUAGUGCGGAGAAAAAGGAGUUCAAGGAAGAGGCCGAGACAAAUUCCAUGGGUGAAAGCUAAAAAGGGAGAGAAUGAGGCCAGCAUUCCUCCCGGUUUCCUUCCCAAAUUAAUCACUGUGAAACCUGAGCCUUUUAUUGAUGAACUUGAACCUGAAGCUUUUGAAGUGUCUAAACAGAAAGGCAAUGUCAUUACUAGACCAGUUGGUCAUGAUAAUUGCUUUCUUGUUAAGGCUCAAGGUCACUCAUCUUCAAUGGCAGAUACUGGAGGAUCUGUAAAGAUGGAGUUUUCCAUGACGCCAGCUCAAACGGCUAUAGAUAUCAAAGAUCAAAGUGAAGAAACAGCAAGAGUGAGGAGAGAAGCAAUUGAGAGCGAAUUCGAGUGUUCAAUGUAUAGUAAAGAUAACAUCAGCAAGAAUGGUGAAAGCAGUAGUACUUUUGAAGUCAACAUGAUAGCUUCCACACUUGAAGUUCGGGUUGCCAGGCUUGAAAGAAUAGUUUCUGAUCUAAUGCAGCAUAGAAGCUUGGAAGAAAUCCAAGCAAAGAAGACAGCUAAAGAAAACCUGGCCAUAGUCAACCUAUACAUUUGAUUCAGUAUAUGUUUUGCAUAUGAGAUUGGAUAUAUAGACACGAGCCUACAACUAUGUAUUUAACUUUAACCCCGUUAAUUUUGCAUAGAUGGUAUAAUGCUAUCUCAGCUUCUAUCAUUA